CCGCGCCGCGGCGCCGGUCCCGCCGCCCUCCGCUGAGCCGCCGUGCCUCAGUUUCCCCCGGCGCGGCGGCACCGGGCGCCGCGGGGCAUCGCCAGGGGAGCGGGCGCACGCCGCCCCACGGCCGCGGCCAUGUGGAUGGUGUCGCCGCCGGCGGGUGUCUUCCAGCCCACCAAGAAGCUGGUGCUGAGCGAGCAGGCGGGCCGGGCGCGGGCGCUGGAGGCCGUGCGCAAGAAUGCCGCCAACGCGCUCUCCGUGGCCAACCUCAUCACGGGGCUCUCCUCCGUCCUCUGCAGCCUGAACGGGCAAUUCUACUACUCGUGCUGGCUGCUGCUGGUGGGCUUCCUCCUGGACCUGGCCGACGGCGCCGUGGCCCGGCAGCUCAACGCCUGCUCGGCCCUGGGCGCCAAGCUGGACGACUUCGCCGACUUCACCUCCUUCGGGCUGGCCACGGCGCUGCUGCUGCGCACCCGCGGCGUCCUCGACGGGCUGCUGGCCGUCGCCUACGUGCUGGCCGUCUUCGCCCGCCUCUGCUUCUUCUCCAGCGCAGGGGUGCCCUUCACCUACCGCGGGCUGCCCUGCCCCUACGCCUCGGCGCUGCUGGCCGGGACCUACCUGCUCACCGGCGGCCACCUCACGCUGCUCCGCGUCACCGCCACCGUCAUGAUCCUCUUCAUGGUGGACCAGGGCUUCUACCCGCACGACAAGGUCCUGGAGUCCCAGCUCUGGAAGAAGGUGGUCUACGCCGGAGGGGUGGCCGCGGUCCUCUUCUCGCCCUCGUCCGUCCUCUCCCUCUACUACCUCGCCUGGUCGACCUCGUACAUCUUCUUCCCCUUCGCCGUGUGGAGCUGCAAGGUGUAACGGCCCGCCCCGCCGGCACGGGCCCCCCCGCGCCGCCCUCCGCCGGGCGCCUCGCCCCCAGUAAAGCUUUCGCCUCCCUCCCUCCCGAGCGCCAGCGCUGGGAUGUCUCGCCGCCCCCAACGAUGCUCCGCCGGGUAGGACGCGU